AUGCUUACCAAGCUCAACUAUGACAAUUGGAGCAUCAAGAUAAAAGCGUUACUAGGAGCACAAGAUGUGUGGGAGAUCAUGGAGAACGGUUUCCAAGAGGCAGAAGCUACAGUCGAUCAAGCGCAAAGAGAUGCGUUAAAAGAGACAAGAAAGAAGGACAAGAAGGCCCUUUAUAUCUUGUAUCAAUCGGUGGAUGAAGAUACGUUUGAGACCAUCGCCAAUGCAGAGACGUUAAAGGCGGCAUGGGACAAGCUCCAAUCGACUCAUAAAGGAGUCGAUUGUGUGAAAAAGGUGCGGUUGAAAACCUUACGUGGUGAGUUUGAAUCUUUACAAAUGAAGGAGAUGGAGAUGAUAGCAGAAUAUCACACAAAAGUAAUGGUUGUCGUCAAUCAAUUGAGACGGAAUGGUGAAGAAAUCACCGAUGUUCGUGUCAUAGAGAAGGUUCUACGAAACCUAAAUACAAAGUUCGAGGUUAUCACCACGAUGAUCAAGGAGACACAAAAUCUCGAGAGCAUGAAAAUUGAACAAUUUAUAGGCUCGUUACAAGCCUAUGAGGAGAAAAAGAAAAGGAGGAUGGAGUAA